AUUAGCUCCACAGACUGCCCCGUGUCACAUGUAGGAGCUUGGCUCCAAAAGUCUGCACGUCGGGGGAAGCCCCCAAAGUUUGUGCUGAGGCAGAAACACGCACAGCGGGCAAGAGACACGACUGGAUCUUGACCUCUCAACACAAAGGCUCGCCGCUGAAUGGUUUGUUCUUGCGGCGCCCUGGGUUGUCUUCAGCCGGAGCCACCGGGACCUCAGAGCCACACGCCCCUUUGCUGUCUCUUCUGCAUCCUCAGCUGCCUGCAGCCCGGCCCAGGAGCCGCUGCUGGGGUUGUUGCCGGGAGACUUGCGAGCGCUCAGCUGAGAGGGGCUGGCAAACGCCAGCGCUGGGGGCGCUUCCUCGUCUGCGAGGGCGAAGCAACUUUCCCUGCGCUUCCCGACUUGGAGCCAGCUCCGGCCAGUGACCUUUGCGGGCUGCGGCCGGGCGCGGAGGGCAGGAAGGCCGGGGAGGGAGAGGAGGAAACCUGCAGGAGGCGGAGAGGCGGCGCUGGGCAGGAACCCGGGGGGGGGCUGCUGCGGCCGGAGGAGCAGGCGGGCGCCGGGCUCGGACCCGCGUGUUGGACCACAGCCCCGCGGGCCCUGCCGGGCGCCGCCCGCGCCAAGUCCCAUGAAGAAAAUCCUCUGAAGACAAUGGAGCUGUGACACUCUACUGGAACUAUGGAAAUUAUAGAGGAUUGCCAGCAUGCUCCUGCUGGGCUGGUGCCAAAUGGAUACAUGAACAAGAUUUUUCAAGCCAAUCCAGAAGAUGGGAGCACUGAGACAUUAACGAUUUGUGACCUUCAACACUGCAACUCCAAUGGCACUCACCAAAAUGCAAGGGAAGGGGCAUCCAGGUAUAAGAAGAAAACCAAGGGCAACCGGAUUUGGAACUUUGUUAGCCGAAGGAAAGGUCCCUCCAUGAAUAACAAAAGACCCCAGUCCAUGAUUCUGCUAGGAGAAACCUCAGAGACCUUUGAACAAAAACCCAAGAUGUCCUUCAUGGAGAGAGUGAGGUCCUUUAAAAAGCUAAGAACCUCCAGCAUGUCUAAGAAUGUGGAUUUGAAAUCCUCCAAAGCCAGGGUUUCCUGCAUCACUGAGGAGGACCAGGAAGACAGAGACCAAAGGGCUGUGUAUAGGGUUAAAAAACUAGCUGACAGUCAGAGGCCUUUUCGUCAUUCGUAUGCAGGGUACAUCGAUGAUUUGGAUUCUUCUUUUGAAGACGUAGAGUUAAAUGUCAGCAUUCCAGAAAUUAAUGCCAAUGAAAAUAAGUGGCUCAGGGAUAUUAGUACCAGAAUACACAGUGAAGAUAACGAUAGUAACUGCCAUAAAAUGUCAGCUAGAAAGAGCAAGAUUUUGAAUUUUGAAAACUCUAAGAGUUCUGCGAUUACAGAAAGGGACAAUCAAAAGAAGUGUCCCAUGCUUCCCGAAGAGAGCAGGAGAGGAAAAAGCUCCGAUGUCUGGAGCUAUCUGAAGGGAAUUUCGUUAUCUAGCAAAGAUAAUUCAAAGUUGCUAGAUCAAAGUGUGGAAACCAGUUUCCAGAACUUAGAACAUAUAACUGAUCAUUCUGCUUCUUUUUUUGACUUUGAUACAAGAUACGAGGAGAAUCUUAGCCAACCCAAAAAAUUAAACAGUGAAAUGAAAUCCAGCCACUUUGGUGGUGUUCUUCGGUUCUUUAACAAUGUGGCUGAGGCAGCUAGGAAGUGGCGAGGCUCUUCACGGACAUAUUCACAGGGAGAGCAAAAACUUCAGUCAAAUUUCAGAAGUCAGAGGCAGGAUGCCUCUUCCCACAAAGAGUCUUUGGUUAUUGAGAAUGAAAAUGCCAGGGUUUUCUCUUCAAUGGGAGAGUCACUGCAGUCUCCAGAUUCUGGGAUCUGGGAUAAUCACAGUUCUGAGAGCUCAACAGGAAAAGAGCUGCCUCAGCAAAGCGUAGAAGCAGAGUUAUCUCAAGAGAUCAGCAGCUCUGCUCUGAAUAGUGAGAAUGAUAGUUUUAAUGAAACAUCCCUUCCCUGCUUUGGGCCAGGUCCAUAUACCUCCCCACUGCCAGAACCUCCAGAUGACUGUUAUACUCUGUUAAGCACACCAGGCCUAGCUGUGGCUGCAUCACAGUUUCCAGACAUUCCUGUCACUGAAUUAGAUGCUCAGGACCCGGGCAGCUCUCCGGUGGGGAAUGCUCAGGACCCAGGCAGCUCUCUGUCAGGGGAUGCUCGGGACCUGGGUACUACUCUGGUGGGGGAUGCUCAGGAACUUGGAAAUACUGAGUUAUAUUUUCAAGACAGGGCUAAAACUAAACUGGGUAUUCAGGAACUGAGUAACACUGAAGAGUAUAAUCAGAACACUAGGUGUACUCCAGGGAAUAUUCAGGACUUGGACAAGAGUCAGUCACAGUCUCAAGAUCUUUCUAAAAGUAAACUGGAUAUUCAACCUGUGGACAGUGCUCUGGUUGGUCCACAAGGUCUCUCUGCAGCUUCUCUUUUAAAACAUGCAACGGAUAACGAGCAAGCUUUAGAGCUGAAGGAUUCUUCGUUCAAAGAACACGAAAUAAGUUUACCAGUAGAGCAAAUUUCCAUGGAGAGGCCAGACAAAGUAAAUCACCUAAAGUAUAAUAAAGUGUGCCAUCAGAUCCAGAUGAGCCUCUGUACAAUUGUCUCCUUCAGGGAGCUCAACAAUGGAAAGCCCCUGUCUCACCCUCUUCAUCCAUCACCACAAGCACCUCCUUUCAAAAUCCUGUUGGACAGAUGUCGCUCCUUACCCCUAUCCCAAAGCACUCCAAUGGGGCUGGACCAAGUGGGCUGGAGGAGGCGGCUGUUGCUGAGCACUGGUGCUGAGAACGACCUUGGUUCAAAGACUCUGGAGGUACGCAGAGAUGGCAGGAAUGGUGGAAGUAGAUGGAAGCCCCUGAAACCUGGAGCUGAACAGCUGCUAGUCAAUAAACUGAUCAGUGGUGGUUCUAUUGUAAGUGCUGAGGCAGUAUGGGAUCACGUCACCAUGGCCAACCGGGAGUUGGCGUUUAAAGCAGGAGACGUUAUCAAGGUCCUGGAUGCUUCCAACAAGGACUGGUGGUGGGGUCAGAUUGAUGAUGAAGAAGGAUGGUUUCCUGCCAGCUUUGUAAGGUUGUGGGUGAACCAAGAAGACGGCGUAGAGGAAGGAACCAGCGAAGUACAGAAUGGCCAUUUGGAUCCAAGCGCCGACUGCCUCUGUCUCAGCAGAACCCUUCAGAACCGGGACCAGAUGAGAGCCAAUGUAAUCAAUGAAAUCAUGAGCACAGAGCGUCACUAUAUCAAACACCUUAAGGACAUUUGUGAGGGUUACUUAAAGCAGUGCCGGAAGAGGAGAGACAUGUUCAGCGAUGAACAGUUGAAGGUCAUAUUUGGGAACAUCGAAGAUAUCUACAGGUUUCAGAUGGGCUUUGUCCGGGAUUUGGAGAAACAGUAUAACAAUGAGGACCCCCACCUCAGUGAAAUUGGACCUUGUUUCCUGGAACAUCAAGACGGGUUCUGGAUCUAUUCAGAGUACUGUAACAAUCACUUGGAUGCGUGUAUGGAGCUGUCCAAACUGAUGAAGGAUGGCAGGUACCAGCAUUUCUUCGAAGCAUGUCGUUUGUUGCAGCAGAUGAUUGACAUUGCCAUAGACGGUUUCCUUCUUACACCAGUGCAGAAGAUCUGCAAAUACCCCUUGCAACUGGCAGAGCUAUUGAAGUAUACUGCACAGGAUCACAGUGACUACAGGUACGUGGCGGCUGCCCUCGCAGUCAUGAGGAAUGUGACUCAGCAGAUCAAUGAGCGGAAACGGAGACUGGAGAACAUUGACAAGAUCGCUCAGUGGCAGGCCUCAGUCCUGGACUGGGAGGGAGAUGACAUCUUGGAUCGGAGCUCUGAGUUGAUCUACACAGGGGAGAUGUCCUGGAUUUACCAGCCUUAUGGACGAAACCAGCAGCGUGUUUUCUUCCUCUUUGAUCACCAGAUGGUUCUCUGCAAAAAGGAUCUAAUACGAAGAGAUAUCCUGUACUACAAAGGUCGCAUUGACAUGGAUAAAUAUGAAGUGGUGGAUAUAGAAGACGGGAGAGAUGAUGACUUCAACGUCAGCAUGAAGAAUGCCUUCAAACUUCAUAACAAGGAGACUGAGGAAAUACACUUAUUCUUUGCCAAGAAGCUGGAGGAGAAAUUGCGAUGGCUCAGGGCUUUCAGAGAAGAAAGGAAGAUGGUUCAAGAAGAUGAAAAGAUAGGCUUUGAAAUUUCUGAAAAUCAAAAGCGACAAGCAGCAAUGACAGUAAGGAAAGUCAGUAAGCAAAAAGGUGUCAGCUACUCCAGGUCGGUUCCUCCAGCCUACCCACCACCCCAGGAUCCAUUAAAUCAGGGACAAUACAUGGUGACAGAUGGCAUAUCCCAGUCCCAGGUCUUCGAGUUCACCGAACCCAAACGCAGCCAGUCACCAUUCUGGCAAAAUUUCAGCAGGUUAACGCCAUUCAAAAAAUAGUACCUAGAGUGAGAUGGAGAAUUUUAAAAUAAAACUUUAAAAAAAUAAAAAUAAAAAUAAAUAAAUAAAAUUAUAUUUAUAGAUGGACCUUUUUUCGGAGAAGCACUGUUGCAAUUAAAAAUAAUUAUAUACACACACA